GCACAAAACCUUUAGCCUUGACCUUCACAAUGAAAACUAAUUAUUUUGGAAAUUGCGAAUUAUUCGCAAUAUUUACAAUAGCUGUAACUAUUCUGUGGGUAGUAAUCGGCAAAAAAUGGACACUUCAAAAAUUAGCUUGGGCAAUGUUUUUCCCAGGAUUGUUUGCUCCAUGGUUUUUUCACGGGUACGAUCUGUCGGCUCUUAUUGGUUAUGAUAGUAUUGGUCUAGCUAGUCUAUAUUCAUUUAUUGCCUUCUUAAUUGUUAUUGGUGAAAUGAUUCUCUGCAUAUCGUUCAACAUUCUUUCUGGUCUAGGCGAAUUAAGAGAUGAUGCGAGUUGGUCUAAACUUUUCAAAAGUUUACGUCAGACUACAGUUAAUGAAUACAUAAAAAACUUUUUAAGGGCAAGUGGAGAGGAGAUUGGAUGGAGAUGUCUGAUGCUUCCUUGUUUAAUCAAUAAAUAUGGUCGUUUUGAAGCAUUAUUAAUCAGUGGCCUAGUAUGGGGAUGCUAUCAUAUACCUAUUAUGGUGUUAUUAACUGCUCGAUUUCGCACUUCAAAACCUUAUUUAACAAUACUUUUCCAAUUUUUAUCAUGUAAUGUCAACGGUCUAACACUUGGAUGGAUUGCUAUUCAAUCCAACUAUUCGAUAUGGGCACCCGCACUUUUGCACUUCUUAUGGAACGUUUUAAAUCCUCCAAUUUUGGGUGAUGUGUACAGAAACAGAAUUGGUUUUAUACAGGGGGAAGUUUGGAAGGUGAAUGGAGAAGGUUUAGCCGGUUGUAUGGUCGGGAUUGUCUCGUAUAUUUUCUUGGCUAAUUCCUAA